AAUCGCGCUUGUUCACAUGUCCUAUGUCCCUGCUGCUCAGCUCGCUGUUUCGACGCGUGUCCCUCUUACUCGCGGGGCUUUGUUUCAUUCUACUAUGUAUCCCUGGAGGAAAACCCCAGUCUCGCCGAAAGGAAUUCAAUGACGAGGAGGUUCGACUUGGCUUUCCGAUGAAACUCAACACCACAUCCUCUUCCAGCUUCAAAAGCUCUUUCACUGCAAUCCUUCCCAUAACAGAUCGAACAUUCUCCAACUUUGAAGACCUACUGGAUCCAUUCUUCUCCUUGAGUAGCUGCGUUACGGAUGUGUUGAUAGCAUGUCCGGAGUCUCUGCUGCCACAGGCGCGACUGGUUGUGCGCCAGAUCGUUCUUUCCUCGGCCCAGGAUCGAAAACACGUUGACAUGUCUCUUUACUCAUGGAACGUCGAACAACACUCCUCAAGCCGUAUUAUACUUGAAGCUGCUUCAAAAAUGACGACAGAUUGGCUUCUCUUGCUUGACGAGGAGGGUCUCAGCGGAUUGACUGGGCGAACUCGCGAUAUGCUCCUUUGUCCGGCAAGCCUUGAACUACCCAUAGGAUCCAGAGGAGUCUUUGCACAGUCCGGCAGCGCGUCUUGCGUGGUGCCCUCACCCGAUCCUACUGCUACCCUGUAUCUGAAGCCUCCAUUCUCAAUACCUCGUGCACUGAUCAAGAAGGCUUACAAAGACUGGGCUGAACUCGGAAGAGCGAUCUCAAGCCCUCAAGAUGGGAUCGGUGGAGUAAUGCGCGGUUGGGAGGGUGAUGGAGAUUGGUGUUCGACGUCCCGUUCGGAUGGCGCUCCCCUCAGCGUGACGUUCGUAUUUGUUCUUUCUAGUCGAAGUGACUUGUCGGCCGCCUCUCACCUGAUUUGUCGUCUGUUAUCUGCCCAUCACGAAGUCAGGAUUCUACUUCACUCGGAGAACGAAGGAGACGACCACAUGGCUUGCGAUCUCACCUGGGACGGUUUGGCUGACAGUUCGGCUUCCGUUCUUGAGUGGUUGGACCGUUUGGAUCAAGUGCCGGAUGUGUUAUUUGCCGUUGAAGAUUUGGCAGCUGGUUACUCUGCCCGUACUGUCAUAGUCCGAGUACCUCGUGAAGAUCUCGCACACACCAGCUGGAUGGGUUCCAUGUCCUAUCUGGAAUGGAUCAAUUGGAACAUGCCAACGGUUGAGCUCAGCAUCAUCACUCAAGAUCGGCCGGGAUCUCUUCAACGACUACUGACUUCACUCUCUAAAGCUCGCUAUUUUGGAGACUCUGUGGUGUUACGAACAAACAUGGAACAAUCUCCUGACACUGAGACCCUCCAAGUUCUGUCUGAGUUCCAGUGGAAACAUGGGCCUGUCUUCGCUCACCGUCGAAUCAUACAUGCCGGAUUGAUGCCGGCUGUGGUUGAAUCCUGGUAUCCUAGCUCAAACGACAGCUUCGGCGUUCUUUUGGAGGACGACAUCGAGGUCUCUGCCCUGUUCUACGCCUGGAUCAAAAUGACAGUCCUCCGUUACAGAUACAGCGAGCAGAGUCAUCUGACGAAGCAACUCUUCGGUGUCAGCCUCUACCAACAGAAAAACAUCGAACUGCAUCCUGAGAGUCGCAAGUCUUUCAAUGCUCGCAGUUACUUUGCGCGGAAUCGGAUCGCCGAGCCAACAACACCAUAUCUUUCCCAGAUUCCUUGCAGCUGGGGAGCCGUCUACUUUCCAGAGCACUGGCGCGAAUUCCAUGGCUAUCUUGCUGAGCGGUUCUCUCAAGCGAAGAUGGACAUCAAUCAGCCAGUGGUCCCUGGCGUCCGCUCAAACACCUGGACUCGCUCCUGGAAGAAGUAUUUCAUCGAGAUGGUUUACCUGCGUGGCUAUGUUAUGCUCUACCCCAAUUUCGCAUCCUUCAUGUCUCUGUCCACCAACCAUCUCGAAGUGGGAUCCCAUGUCAAGGAUAGGUCCAAGGAGAAGCAGCGGAUGUUCAGCAUGCCCCUCAUUGGAGCCGACGAAUCUUGGCGAUUGUUGGACCUGCCGGGCGAGAGAUUGCCGGCAUGGAAUACACUACCCGUACUUAAUUUGACUGGUUCUCUGACGACAUUAGAGCACCUUGCAUCGGUAUCCAUGCCCAGUCCGUAGCCAUGUGAUUAGUUGCCACGUGAUAAAUCAAACACGCAUCCUGUGAUUGGUUCUGACACUCCCCGCCGGGUCCAGCCGGGGAGAUCAGGUCUUGCUUUCGACGACGACGACCAUGUCCGUCCUCCCCCGUCUUUCUCGCUCUUUCUCCUCCUCUGCUUCGCGUGCGCUUGCAACGCCUGUCACCCAGAAGGCUGCGUUGAACAAGACCUUCAAAAUCUACCGCUGGAAUCCGGAUGAGCCCGAGAAGAAACCGGCUUUGCAGUCGUACACCAUUGAUCUCAACCAGACCGGGCCCAUGGUGCUGGACGCCCUCAUUAAGAUCAAGAACGAGAUCGACCCCACAUUGACUUUCCGUCGGUCAUGCAGAGAGGGAAUUUGUGGCUCGUGUGCCAUGAACAUCAACGGCCAAAACACAUUGGCGUGUCUUUGCCGUAUCGACAGAACAGAGGGCGCGGACAGCAAGAUUUACCCCUUGCCCCACAUGUACAUCGUCAAAGACCUCGUUCCUGACCUCACCAACUUCUACAAGCAGUACAAAUCCAUCAAGCCGUAUCUGCAGAACCCGAACCCGCCCGCAGAUGGCAAGGAGUUCUUGCAGAGCCCUGAGGACCGUAAGAAGUUGGAUGGAAUGUACGAGUGCAUUCUGUGCGCUUGCUGCUCGACCAGUUGCCCAAGCUACUGGUGGAACCAAGACGAGUAUCUUGGCCCGGCGACGCUGAUGCAGGCUUAUCGGUGGAUUGCGGACUCUCGGGACUCGCACACCGAAGAGCGGAAGGAGGUCCUUCAGAAUGAGAUGAGUCUGUACCGGUGCCACACGAUCUUCAACUGUUCUCGCACUUGCCCGAAGGGUCUCAACCCUGCAGCAGCCAUUGGACGCAUCAAGAUUGAGCUCGCUGCUGAUUAAAGGGCUGGAGGACAUACCCACUUUACCUACAUUGUCAAUUCGCAAACCAGGAGUAACACAUUCAAUUAUUUUCGAUAGACGACUAGUCGUUGAUGUGAGCGCGGCCAUCAAGGACCCGCUUGGCCUCGCUUGGUCCGUAGUUCAACCGCCCACUUCAACAACCCCGCAAUCCAGUUCGUUUACGCUCCAAGCUUCGGAAUGAGAGAUGACUCGCAGGCUGGUACCGUUGGAUUUCAGGCUGGUGGAUUCCUGGGGGAACCAAUCCCACCCCUAUUCGUCGCGAAACGCUUGACAAGUACGUCAUCGCGAUCGAAGGUCGGUAGGCUGGUCCCCGAAAUUUCUUGGCUCCACCCACCGGUCCUAAAAACUCCACUGCCACACUUGACCGAGUAGUGAACUUCGACCUGCACCAUGACUGACCCUGUGCCAGUCAAAGAGCGUGAUUUUGCUCCCCAUGUCGACCUCGACAAUGCACAACUCGACGAGCACCCCGAACAGCUACCAGCGCAGAGCCACAUCAAGCACGAGCGCGAGCAAGACGGAGAUUCGGAUUCGACGGGCACCGAGUUCUCCGAUGAAGAAUUCGACUGGGAUAAGGAGGACGAGGAUAGCACCCAGACUACGUCGGAGAAGCACUACAAGGCGAAGCGCGGCCGAGCGCUGUGGCUCGCGUUCAUGAAGCUUGCGCGACCCGUGCGGACGUUCCUCAUAGGGAUAUUGGGCACAGGGAUCCUCAUCACACCCUUCAUCCUCUUCCAAGUAGUGUUCACGAAGAGCCCUGCGCGACCACAUGUCCAUGCCUGGUCGCUCUGGUUCGCGAUCAUAUGGGCCGCCGGAUGCCUGACGAGCUUGGUUAUCGACAACAUCACCCGCUUCAUCAUCGCGGUCAUCGUACUGUUCGGAGGUCACGUCGAGCGACUCAAAGUCCAGCUUGAGGUCGUUUUCGCGGUCAAGGCAUGGCUUAAACUUGUUCUCGAUGUGACUUGGGCUUGGGUCAGUCUCUCGGUCAUCCGUGCAGUUGGCCAUCCUCCGGGCUCUUACUGGACCAUCAUCAAUCGGGUCAUGCAAGCUUUGUUCUCAUUCGCGAUGCUUCUUCUCGUGGAGAAGCUCUUCCUUCGCUUUGUUGCUAUAAGCUUCCAUCAAAAGGCGCUGGCCGACCGUCUGACCGAAAAUCGACUGGGCCUCAAAGCGCUCGACCGACUCUCCAACGCCCAACCCGCACCGAAGAAGCAUCCUUAUGGUCGCCGGGGAAGAAAGACCCCCACCGGCUCGGUCGACUUUUCCAGUGUAUUGCGAUUCACUGGCAACGGGAGUAAGCAGGUCCCCGAAACGAUCCCCGAGGAAAAGGUCGACACGGGCAAGCCGAUGAAGAAAGAGUCGGUCCGGAAGCAGAAGCGGCGCAAGGCGAUGACCAGCAUCAUUGUCGACCAAGUCGGGGGUGCGAUCGGCCACGUCGCCUUCAAAGGAAACAAGGAAGGCAGACUGGGUGAAUUGGCUUCUGCGAGGAAGUUGGCGAAGAAGUUAUUCGGCGCCUUGAGCGAUGUGUAUCCACCCCGGUCGCAUCUCAUUGUUGAUGACUUUUAUCCUUACUUUACCACCACUUCCGAAGCUACGGAGGCCUUUGCACUUUUUGACAAAGAUGGAAACGGCGACAUCUCGAAGAAGGAGAUGCGCGAAGCGGUCCAACGCAUUUACAGAGAACGACAAGCGCUGACAUCGAGCUUGAAGGACGUCGGCUCUGCGGUCGCCAAGCUGGAUGCCGUGCUUCUCUUCGUCGCUCUGAUCAUCCUCAUUUUCAUUUGCUUGCUGAUCUUCAACAAAUCGAACACACUGACCUCGCUUGUUCCACUGGGCACGAUCAUUCUCGGCUUUUCGUUCAUUUUCGGCAACUCCGCUGCGACGCUCUUCAACUCGCUCAUCUUCAUUUUCUCUACCCACGUGUUUGACGUGGGUGACCUCGUGAUGAUCGACGACCAAGUCCUCGCUGUCCGGGAAUUCGGGCUGUUUGCGACCACCUUCCGACGUGUCGACGGACAGGAGAUCAUCGUCCCGAACUCGCUGCUGUCUGGAUCCAAGCUUGUCCACAACUUGCGUCGCAGUAACUCGAUGUGGGAGAGCACAGAACUCGUCGUGGCUUACACAACGCCCCUCGAAGUCCUCGAGGAAUUGCGGACAAGAAUUAGCGCCUACAUCGCUGCCAACAGCCGUGAAUGGUCCGGCUCCGGACUCAACAUCGACAAGAUGGAGUUCCAAAAUGCCAUCCAUCUCAUUGUGGCCAUUGAACAUCGAGCCAACUGGCAAGACUGGGGUGCCCGCUGGACGAGACGAAACGAGUUCAUGCGCCAUCUCAAGACUAUUCUGGAAGAUCUCGAUCUCCGGUAUUCGCUGCCCCCUCAGCCCAUCGUGUUCCCGCAGGGUGGCCCGCCCCCUGCGCGCGCCUCUCCCGAUCUUGGGAACGCUGGCUCAUUCGGCAUGAGCAUGCCCCAGCCGGCCCGGUCCUUCCGGCCGGAUAUGAGCGGGUUCCAAUGAGUCAUGUCAAUAGAAACCCGAGCAGGACUCGUCUAGUCUACGCAUAGGCCUCCCAGCAUCACUAUCAUCUAAAGCAUAUCAAAUUAUCUUGGACAAUCUAUCGCAUUGCAUGCCCUGGCGUCUGACUACUCAUUAGUGGAAGUAUCUACUGAAUUAAACUAGACCAGCUUCGUUUGCGAGGGAGAAGAAGAUCGAGGACUGGUCGGCCAGCAGAGCCUGGGGCUCGUCGUACUCGGCCACUCUGCCUUGAUCCAUCACGAGGAUCUUCGAGCCACUGAUGAUGGUGUUCAAUCGGUGACUGUCACAGAUCAGAUCGCAUGCUUGGGGAGAGAAGACACGAUUGCGUACGCGAUGGUCAAGAUGGUCACAUCUUCGAAUGCUGGAGACUUGAGAAUGGACUGGAUCUGCUGGUCAGUGUCGAGAUCGACAGCCGAGGUGGCUGUGCGACGGGUCAGCCUAGUCUGGCUGUCGCUCUACAUCCUCACGCACCUUCAUCCAACACCAAGAUCUUGGACU